CGCAUGGAAAUGAUUCCAAAGGCCAAAUCCCGAAAGCCAAAAUCGCUUGUGCAUCUCGUUGUAUGACCGCAGAAAGAAUUCUUUGUCAGCUGCCAUGGCUGAUCUAGAUUCCACCCGCCGAUGAUUCCAAAGACUUAGAGUUUCGGCCAGAUGGUCGUGGCUUCCGACCGUCGCAAUGGCACAACCUCAACACGGGUCACCACUCAGCAUGCUUACUCUGCGCCAAAGCCACCACUAAAUCGGGAAGGUGGUGGACAAAUCGGUCUGGACACCCAUUUAUAACAGGCUGCGACCAUGAUCUUCCCCCCAUCUCCAGUUCCCACAAGAGCAGAACGACAGACUCAAUGGCCAUGGCAGCACUACACGGCUGGCAUCCUGGGGAGCAAGCAAUCCAGCGCAAGCUUGGAUUUGCCGAUGCCGUCAAGGAUCACUGGUCAAUUGUUGGAAGCUUUAUGCCAGAGCAACACCGGAUAUUCCAUACAUCGAAGCUUCCCUUCAUUCCCGUUACCAUUCUGGACGAUGAAGACCGUCCUUGGGCAUCCAUCGUCUCUGGGUCGACUGGGUCGAUCGGCUUUGUCAAAAGCCCAGAUGCGCGCACUCUCUCAGUUCUCACUCGACUCUGGGAGGGCGAUCCACUUUUGGAUGCCAUCAAGACGUGGACCUGCCCCAAAGGCCGCGAGAAUACCACCACUGACAGAUUUCUUACUGCUGGCCUCGGUAUCGAGUUUUCGACCCGGCGACGCAACAAAUUCGCCGGACACAUACGAGCCGUGCAGCAAGUGACAGAACUCGAUUAUCAGAUUGACUUAACAGUCACGGAGACUACUGGGAAUUGUCCAAAGUAUAUCAAUGUUCGCGAAUUUGGCCCGUAUCCGCACACACGACCUAUUGUUGCCUACCAAAAUCGACAACUCUCACCACAUGACAGGCUGCCAGAUGAGGUAGUAGACUACAUCCUCCAGGCCGACACGGCUUUCAUAGCAUCUAUCUACAAGUCAGAGAAAGCGACAGCUAAGAAGUAUCCGUCCCACGCUGGAAUGAAUGCCCGUAGCGGCUUGCCAGGUUUCAUACGCGUGCGCCCAUCCGACGGGCGCACAGUGGUCAUUCCUGACUAUUCCGGAAAUCGUUUCGUUUCAAGUUUGGGAAACAUUGAGUCCAGUGGGCUCGCAGGAUUGACCAUCGUUUCCUUCACGACGGGCGAUAUUCUUUAUCUGACAGGGACUGCCGAGAAUCACGUAGGCCCCGCUGCGCUUAAAAUCAUGGCCAGACAUGCGAGCCUGACAACCUUGAAAGUGACUGGCUACACCUUUGUCAGAGAUGCUCUGCCUGUGAGACAGCAGCCUGGGACAUUGGUUGAACGCAGCCCAUACAGCCCCAAGAUCAAACAUCUGGUGGAAGAGAUAGCAUCGGAAACGGGCGACAACGAGGGCCAUCAAGCAUAUCUUCAAGAAGCUGUACGACUAUCUUCCGAUCUGGCUGUAUUCAAGUUCAAAGUCGCUGCACAAUCUGGCGCCCCUAGGAUCAGCAUACGUCCCGGACAGGCCAUCGUCCUUGAUUUCAUGGACUGGAUCGGCCCUCCUCAGUAUCGACACAUGGCAGACGCUGCUCCUGAAUCUAUCAAUGAUGACCGAGUUCGCACCUGGACAGUAUCAAGUGCGCAUGAAGGGCAGGAUGUGACGUCGUUCGAACUCACGAUGCGCAAAAUGCCCGGCGGGGCAGUGACGGGUGCAUUAUUCGAUGUUUUGAAGAGCCAUUCGUUCACUCAAUGGGGGCAGCCGAUCAAGUUCGAUAAUUCAGUGCGUGCAGGAAUAGUGGGCAUCACGGGCGACUUUUCCUUAAGUCCCGAAAGAAUUAAUGACUUGUGGGUUGCUGGGGGAAUCGGAAUAACCCCAUUCCUCGCAAUGCUCCAAGCGCUAAGUGACCGUGGUCCUGCAGCCCAAGGCAAUUUAUCGCUCGUUCUGUCGACGAGGGAGCCAGAGAUCAUGCUGCAUUUAAUCCAGCCAUCACUUGCAAAGAUGCCUCCCACACUCAAAGUGGAACUUGAGAUCUUCACAAAGGAAUUUGAUUUCGACAAGCGAGUUAUCAACAGCUCAAAUGUGCAAGUGACUCUUCACCAAGGGCGCGUGGAGCCAUCAUACUGGGCGACUGCUCCCAAAAAUAAGAAUUUCUUCAUUUGUGGGCCUAACGGGUUUGCAGACUCGGUAGUCAAUGGUUUACAGGCUGCCAGUGUACAGCCGAGUCAAAUACACCGAGAGGGCUUUUACUGAUGAGGCAGAUCGUGUUUAAUGAUAAAUGCUACAUAUUGGCUUGAGUUCUCGAUCACAUUACUUUUAUCAAGCUAAUACUAUUUUCUCAACAAUACAACAUUCUUCCAUUGAUGGAACAGCGUUGGCGAAGCCUGGAGUUGCCAAGUUCACAUACAGCCAGAAAUGAACCAAUAAUCAUUCCUCUACGACCCCUUUCAAUUUUUGUGAGAAUGCCGACUUCCACAUUUCCUUCACGGGUCCAUCGGAUGAUCUACAGAUGAAGAAGUAUUCCUGAAGAACGACAACAGCACAGUCCCAUUUCUCAAGUGAAAGUUCCGUGGCGACUUCUUGGAGGUUUCGCAAAAACCAAGAGUGGCAGUUUCGUCCUCUUGAGGCCAGGCUGCCGAUGAAUAAAAUCCAGAGAAGUAGGUCGGGUGCCGUGCUUUCGAGAGAGGCGAAGCUUUUUUGAAGGCUUCUCUGAAGAGUAGCAACGAAAAUAUCUGCACAAGGCAUUCCCCCAAAGCCCCGUAUUCGAAUCACAGUAUAUAUCAAGACUGCUAGCCGGAGGGUAUCUUGGAAGGGAGGAAGGGAGCGGUCGUGUGCUAGCGAUAAUAGUUCGUGAUUCAAAAGAAGUAGUCCAUCAUUGUCCAUGCGUGUCUGUUUCCACGAGGAGGAGUUCACAUUCUCAUAUAACGACACCAGCGUUUGCAAUGAGCGCAAAGUCAAGAUGAGCUCUGGAUGGAGAUCCGAGGACCAGGGAGAAUUGAAGAAACGGUAUCCAACGAACGAGGACGUGUUGGUAUCAAAAUCUCCUCGGAGGAAGGAACACUCUCUGUGGACUUUGAACUCCCAUUUCCAAGAUUUACUUAAUACGACGGGGUUUUCAUUGAUCAGUCCUCUCAUGAGAUCGCAACUGACCAG